AUGUGAUAUUAACGCGUAGGGGUAUUUAGAGCAAUUUUUGGCGGAAAUUUUGAUAGUUGUUCAUGGUAACGAAAGUAAGCUGACUGACUGACAAAAGAGAAAAUGAGAAUCAAAUGUGAAAUGGAUGUAGUAAAUCGGGUCCUGCCCUCUAUGAAUGUAAAGAAAGGAGGCAAAGCCUGUCACACACAACUGUCGAUUGGGAGAAAACCACAGUCGGAUAACAAAGAGGGAGUUCUCUUCAUAAUGGCAUGUACUGCAAAGGACAGAAAUGGAACCAAGUUUCAAAUUCGAGACAAUGUAGAACAAAUUUUUGCAAAAUUUAUUAAUGAGGGGAAGGCUACCAUCCGUUUAAAAGACCCACCUCAGGAUUUGUGCUUAUGUAAGGCUGAUCCAUUGCAGCUGAAAAACUUCCUUACAUUGAUUCGUAAGGCAUCUCUGGGUGAGAACAUCGACAAAAUCAACUUAUCCACAUUGGCUCCAGCUAGUAACAAAAGUGUUGAUAAACCCAAAACCAAGAUGUCAGUGACUUCUCGCAAAGACUACCCUCUCACUAAGAGCUUUCCUUCACAGUUAGAGUAUCUCCAUGUCUCUCAGUGUCGCAUGAAGAAAAUUGACUCCAGAAUUUUUCAGUUGAAAAAACUUCAACAUUUAGAUUUAAGAGAAAAUGUGAUAGAAGAGUUACCAUCUACUUUUUCUCAGCUGGAGAAUUUACAGGAGCUAAUACUUUGUGCUAACAAGAUACAAAAUCUUCCCUCAUCUCUUUGCUUACUGCCAAAAUGGAAACAAUUUCUCUCUUUGUUAGACCUGAGUAAUAACGGAAUCACACUUCUUCCCGUUCAGCUUUGUGAACUUGACAAUCUUGUGACGCUUAAAGUGGAUGAAAACAAGUUGGAAACUUUUCCACCUACAAUUGGAAGACUCAAAAGGCUGAAAUACCUUUCUGCUAGUCAGAACCAGAUAAAGACUCUUCCUUGCAGUUUUAUGCAGUUACGUCUGGAACAUUUAGACCUGUUCAAUAAUCCAUUUGCUGAUGAUACAAAAUCUGAUCUGGAAGAGACUGAAUGGCAAGCCCCAUCUUUAGUGGAGUGCUGUGCAAGAAUGAUCAGGAAAAACAGAUUGCCGUACAGUGAGGAGGACCUGCACACACACUUGUGUCGUUACCUGGACUCCGCCAGACUGUGUUGGUGUGGUGGCUUCUGUUUUGAGCGGUGUGUUCGGGCUACCACCUCCUUCUCUCUUAAGACCCUGUCCCCCACCGUCUCAGCUGUAGAUAUGCGCGGGAGGACUGAUGUACCAAUUCUCUUGUUUUUGUGCUCCCCCCAAUGUCAGCGUAAAUAUAAAACAAACCCGUAUGCUUACUGGCGGUAAUAGAUAGCACACUUGUGUUAAUUUAUCCAAAAACCAUAUACUUGUACUAGUAUAAACUGUGGACAGAACAAUUUUACGUUGCAUCAGUUACAUGCAAGUACCACGGUACUACUUUCUGAAAAAUAAAACAUGGUGCAUAGUUA